ACUCCUUCUUAACACAACAUAGAAUUUUGGAAGUGAGUCUCAAGAAAGAUAUUAAACCAAACAAUAAACUCUCAAGUUUCUAAAACUAAUUUUGCAUUCAUCACCAUGAGCUCAUCUCUUCAAAGCACCUUCUUGAAUAAUAGAGCCGCCAUCACCAAUUCCACUGAUCGCUCUUCUUCACAAAAACCCAGAAACAUCUGCAACUGCCUUUUCAUCUUCAGAAACUGGUUGUUGUUUAGAAGACGAGAUAAGAACAUGGAACAUUCCUCUGCUAAGGAUACUGUUGAUGAAAAAUUUGCCGUUGGUGGCGGUGUCAGAGACGUGUACGGUGAAGAUUGUGCCACUGAGGAUCAGCUUGUUACUCCUUGGACUGUUUCUGUUGCAAGUGGAUAUUCAUUACUAAGGGAUCCACAUUUCAACAAAGGACUCGCCUUCUCCGAAAGAGAGAGAGAAGCUCACUAUUUACGCGGUCUUCUACCUCCUGCAGAAAUCUCUCAGCAGCUCCAGGAGAAAAAAACACUACAAAACAUUCGCCAAUAUCAGGUACCGUUGCAGAAGUACAUGGCCUUGAUGGACCUGCAGGAAAGAAACGAAAGACUGUUCUAUAAGCUCCUGAUCGAUAAUGUCGAGGAAUUACUCCCAAUUAUCUAUACACCCACUGUUGGGGAGGCUUGUCAGAAAUAUGGAAGCAUCUUCAGGCAUCCGCAGGGUCUAUACAUUAGUUUGAAAGAGAAGGGAAGGAUUCUCGAAGUACUGAGAAAUUGGCCUGAAAGAACCAUUCAAGUUAUAGUCGUGACUGAUGGUGAACGAAUUUUAGGACUCGGUGACCUUGGUUGUCAGGGAAUGGGAAUACCUGUGGGAAAGUUGGCUCUUUAUACAGCACUCGGAGGAGUUCGUCCUUCAGCUUGUUUGCCAAUAACCAUUGAUGUCGGGACUAACAACGAGCAAUUGCUGAAAGAUGAGUUCUACAUUGGUCUAAAACAAAAAAGAGCAACUGGACAGGAAUACGACGAGCUUCUUGAAGAGUUUAUGACUGCAGUGAAACAGAACUAUGGGGAAAAAGUUCUUAUACAGUUCGAAGACUUUGCAAACCAUAAUGCUUUCAACAUACUCUUCAAAUACUCAACAAGUCAUCUUCUAUUCAAUGAUGAUAUUCAGGGAACUGCAUCUGUUGUUCUGGCUGGUGUUGUUGCAGCACUGAAACUAGUUGGUGGAACCUUGGCUGAACACACAUUUUUGUUCCUUGGAGCAGGGGAAGCUGGAACUGGUAUAGCCGAACUUAUUGCUCUUGAGAUGUCAAAACAGACAAAAGCGCCAUUGGAAGAAACUCGUAAGAAGAUAUGGUUGGUUGACUCUAAGGGCUUAAUUGUUAGCUCAAGAAAGAAUUCACUUCAAGAAUUUAAGAAGCCUUGGGCGCAUGAACAUGAACCUCUUGCUGAUCUCAUAAGUGCGGUGAAGGCAAUCAAACCGACAGUAUUGGUUGGAUCAUCUGGAGUUGGGAAAACAUUUACAAAAGAGGUAGUCGAGGCUAUGGCCUCCUUUAAUGAGAAACCUCUGAUAAUGGCUCUGUCUAACCCAACAACACAAUCAGAAUGCACUGCAGAAGAGGCUUAUACUUGGAGUAAGGGUCGUGCAAUUUUCGCUAGUGGCAGUCCCUUUGACCCUGUUGAGUACGAGGGAAAGACAUUUGUUCCUGGACAGUCCAAUAAUGCCUACAUCUUUCCUGGAUUUGGCCUCGGUUUAGUCAUUUCUGGUGCAAUACGAGUUCACGAGGACUUGCUACUGGCAGCUUCUGAAGCUUUGGCAGGGCAAGUGACACAAGAGAACUAUGAUAAAGGAAUGAUAUAUCCACCAUUUUCCAAUAUUAGAAAGAUAUCAGCACAUAUUGCUGCUAAUGUUGCUGCUAAAGCUUAUGAUCUCGGCUUGGCUAGUCGUCUUCCUCGCCCUCAGAACCUUGUCAAGUAUGCUGAGAGUUGUAUGUACAGCCCUGUAUACCGCAGCUACCGAUAAAUGGAUACUCAAAAACGUGUUCUCUUGAAGUUGAUCAACUUUUGUUUCUCGGAUAUUAUUCAUUCUGCUGUAUAAGGUGUGCAAUUACAGAACACAUUAUAGUAGACAACUGUAUUGCUUGUAUGUGGUAAGGUGUGACUUGCUUGUAAGCCAUGGAAUGUUCUGUUAAAAAUGUAAAGUAAAUUUUCUAUUAAAACAAAUUUCUUUUGAAAAA